AGAAAAAGUCAAAAACUAAGGAAGAAAAAGAGAGGAGUCUCGUGGGUGGAGUCCAUGAGAUGAAAUGAAAUGAGAGAGAGAGAGCGAGGGAGAACGGAAAGUCUGCUUCAUGCAAAAGCAACGCAGGGACCCAGUCUACCUCUUCCUCCUCUUCCGCUGUUCAUCACAACAGCGCCGCCUCCACCACGAUCCCAGUCCGCGUCCUCUCGCAGAGAGAGAGAGGGGCUAUUUUCUUUCUCAAUUUCUGUCGUUACCCUGUUCAAGGAGGCGAUUUUUCUCGACUCCUCACCAUCCUUUCCGGUACAAGAAGGCCAAACACCAGAAUUUCUAUUUGAGACGUGGUUCCCCGUACAACCGGCCGGCCCCUGUCACUUCUCCUCACCUUUAUUUUCCACUGUGUUCUGUUUUCGCUGGAAACCUUAUUCAUCGAUGAGUACUCUCAGUUGACCGAGAAGUUACUUCCCCCGGCUUUAGUUGCGUCAUGGGAGAAGCAAGGAAUUGGGGUGGGGAUUCGGGGGUCGGCGUUGUAGUCCCCUUAUGACGGUGGCGGCUGCUUUUGGAGGUCGCUCUUCUCUUUCUUUGUUGCCGUGUUCGGAGAAAAGUUAGCGGAAUUCUUUAAUUCUUAUUCAAAGUCUCCUGUUGAGGACUGGAAAAACUGUGUGGGUGAUAAGUUGCCGGUGUUGAAUUGGUGGUUAAAAUUUGGAGAUCUGGAUUGCUGAAAGCUGGAAAAAACAAAUAUAUGUGACAGAGAGUUUGUUUGGUGGAAGGUUGAUUUGGUGGUACAUCAGGAAAAAGGAACGCGCGUUACACUUCUAUAGCAAAAGGAAACGUGUGACUAUAGGAUAUUGAAUUGCUAGAAAAAGUUAGUUUCCUCAAUUUGUUGGUAGCGUGAAUUUGGGUUCUCAAUUGGAUGGUAGGACUCCUUCUGUGUUUCUUGCCUACCGUGGUAUGUAAAUAUAUUUAGAAAGGCAAAGAGUGUACAGUGCAUUUUGGUUUGUUUUUGCAUCUGGUUUGUGGAAGUUUUUGAACUAGGAUCCUUUUGAAUUUGGUCUUUGAAACUUAAACCGUCGGAAGGUGGCUUGGCUUCGAGUCUCAGAGAAACUUAGAAAAGAAAGAAGUUUCUGCUUCGAUUGGUGUCUCUGUGCUGUGGAGGGAAGCGGUAAAAUUCUUUCUGAUCUCCAGAAUUUAAGAAGACGGGAAGAAGUGCGAUGGUUUCAGAGAGGCAGGAAAUCUGAAAAUUUCUUCGAGAUAUUUUGCGGAACUUCCUUGAGACGAUUGUCAAUUCCUCGAGUCAUCCACGAGUGGUUAGGGUGCUCCUGUCAGUUCUUAAGGUCUACUGCUGGUUGUCCAACCUUCACGUGGGUGGGAGAAUUUUAAACAUCCACGAUGAGGCAGAAUAAUUUGAUUCACAGACACUCUGUUCGGCAUGAUAGUCAUCAGCCUGGAUGUAUAUGGGGCCUGCUCAGAAUCUUUGAUUUUCGCCAGAGGCAUUCUGCACAAAGGUUGCUUUCAGACCGGAGGUGUGGGAGUGGUGCUAAGGCAGACGUUGAUUCCCAGUAUUCAAGGAGAAGGGUAAAAUUUACCAGCAGGGAUGAAACCCACAAGCAUAGCCAUUCAUGGCUUGAUGAUCCAAUGGAUGGGAAAAUGUCUGAUGAAACCAUAUUUUCUGAAGGCAGUAGUGCUCAGGUCUCCAUGAAGACACUUAUAGCUAAUGAAAUAUCCAUGGACAACUAUGGAGAUCAUUUGUCACCUGACUCAGAGAGGAGAAUCCAAUCCAAAGUACAGAAGAAGAAGAAGAAUAAGACAUCUAAAAUGGCGCAUAGUUUCCAUUCAUCUGAUGGUGAACCUUCCAAGUGGAAGAGUACUGAUGUUGCUUGUCCUUCUAGAUCCAUGGAACAGUUCACUGGCGCCAUUUUCCAAGGUACACCAGUAGACAGGUUCUAUGAUGACCAACAGAAAUUACAGGUGGAAAACAAGAUAAAGUAUGAUUCUUGUCAUGAUGUGAAGCCUAAUGACCUAACAGAAGACUUUAUAUGCCAGAAAUUCUAUGAUGCGGAGUUUCUGUCAGAGGAUGCUGGAUUCCAGCAUUCAAAAGAGUUUAUGGAUGCAUUCGAAAUUCUAAAUUCCAACAAGGAAUUAUUUCUCAAAAUUCUGCAGGAUCCAAAUUCACUUUUGGCAAAGCAUAUACAAGGUAUGAAAAAUUCAGAGUUGGAGCAAAUUUCACAAAUGGAAUCAAAUAGGGCAUCAGGAGUAUCUGACAAGGACAAUGUUGACAGAGGAUUCAGUAAGCAAAGCCUACAUAGAUUAUCUAGAAUAAGACAAAAGCUGUGGGGUAAAGGCUUAUCGUUAAGAGAUGGUGAUGCCUCUCAAAAUUCAACCAAAAUUGUUGUUCUGAAGCCUGGGACUGCAGGUGUGCAAGAUAAUAUGAGUGUAACUGGUUCAAGGUCUUUGCUGCAAUCACAAUGUGAUUUGAGAAAUCAAGACGUAGAAGCCUUGCCAUCUUCAUUUUCUCUUAAAGAAAUAAAGAGAAAGUUAAAGCUUGCCAUAACAGAUGCAAAAGCAGAACAGCGUCGCAUAUCAAUGGAAGGUGUGCUGCCCAAAAUUCCAUUUGGAUAUCAAUCUCCUGAAGAACUAGGCAAAAAUGAUGAUGAGGAACAUCUAAUAGGUGAAUCUUCAGACAUUCCUAAGAUAGCGACUAGGCACUUGAGAAGUCAAAGCUGGAAGGAGAGAAAUUGGAGGCCUUUGAGACCUCAGGGAGUUAUUGUUGAUGAAUGGUCCAUUCUUAGUGGCUUAAAUUAUCUUGAAAAUAAGAAGGCAGCAUACUCUCGUUCCUUGUCACAACCCAGAGAAUCUGCUGCUACGAGAGAAGCCAAGAGACACUUCUCUGAGAUAUUUGAUGCAAAAAAUGUUGAUGAGUGUUUGUCUGCCAGACCUACUGCCAGAACUCUGGGGAGAGUCUUUUCUCUGCCUGACCAUAUCUUGUCAUCCCCUAGGCUAAAUCCUUGGAGAGACAACACUUAUGAGGUUCAAACCCACAGUGAGCAUCUAGGUUUUGAAUUUGCUUCCCGUUUCAGUAGGGAAAAGGUUUCUGAUGGUAGGAGUUCACCAAAUCCAGAUCUGGAGUUGGAAAAUCCUGUAGUAUCUGAUAAGGAUGAACCAUUCUGCAACCAAACAAGUGGUGAAAGUCCUCAAAUUCAAGAGCUCAACUCUGAUUCUGGACCCUCAAAGGGGCUUCCAGGUGUCAAUUUAACAGAGGAGGUGAUCAAGACUGAAGGAACAGAGUGCCCCAAAGUUUCUGCAACUGAUGAGAGGAGAAUGGAAAUAGCAGAUGCUGAUGAAGGGGGGACCAGCAAAACUAAACUCUCUGAUCCUUUGGAACCUGACUAUGGGGAAGAGCAAUUUAAUAAUGGCCCAGAUGCAUGCACUUGUUCUUCACCAGAGCAAGUAGACAUCGAUAUAAAUACCUCAGUCCAGAAUUUUGCUGUGCACAUGACAAGUGAUGAUUACCCACCUCCUUCCACAUCUUGUCAACCUUCGUAUCAAGCUGUGCAGUCAAAUAUUUGUGAGAAUUUACAUCAGCCAAGUCCAGUUUCGGUCCUGGAAUCAGCAAUUUCAGAAGAUAUUUCAAGUCCUGAUGUUUGUUUCCCUGCUAUGCAAGCUGAGAUCCUUAUCAAGCCCCGUAAAAUUCAUUUUGAAGAAGUAGAAGAUUCUCAGAGGGUGGAGAGUUUGGCCAAUUCCAUAUCAAACCGUGAUGAAAAUGGAACACCUUCACUAACAUCAGAGAGAGAAAUUGCAUCGAAAAUAUGUCCUGGGGCUGAAGAAGUAGACUUUGAGUAUGUUAGAAUAUUAUUAGAAGCCUCAAAACUGACUGGAAGUAAGGAAUGUCAUUUAAGUUGGGAUGUCUCGAACCAACCGCUUGACCCAUCCAUAUUUUUUUUAGUAGAUCCACCUGGUGAAGUUUCAAUCGAUCAACUUCUUUUCUUUGACUGUGUUAAUGAAGUCCUGUUAGAGAUCUUACAGAGAUCUUCAGGCUGCCAAGGUGUGGCUCCAUGCUGUAAGCCCCAUGUACGACCUUUUCCCGCAGGAGAGAAUCUUAUUAAAGAGGUUUGGUCAGGCCUAAAAUGGCAUCUUGCUCUGCACAUGCAAGACUCUCGAACUUUGGAAAUGCUUGUCGAAAGGGAUCUUGCAAAAGGCAGCUGGUGGAUGGACCUCACAUCUGAUGCACAAGCCCUGGGAGUCGAUAUUGAAGUGACCUUGUUGGAAGACCUAAUAGAAGAGACUGUAACUGAACUUGUAUGCUGAGAUGUUACCACUUACCACAGUUCCGUGAACAUGGAUUUUUUCCACGGUUAAUGGGUACCAAGGGCUCUCUUUAGUACCGAGCUGUUGCAGUUUCAAACAGUUGGCUCAUUCUCUUCAUUGUCAAGGUGCCAACAGUAUGCUCAUGUCUUGGCGAUGAUUGGCAUGAACAGUAGGUUUGGAAUGAGGUACCUCUUUUUCUUCUUUUUUGUGGAUAUGCUUGUCUAUACUCAAUAGGUCAUCUGUCCAUAAUUGGUUGGUUUUGUUUAUUCUUAGAAUGCCCUUGUCCUUGACUAGAGUGUAGAAGUCCAUACUUCAGUUGUGGAGUCGCUGGCUCUUUUUCAUCUUGUUAUUAAUUGUCCACGAAAUGCAGCUAAUUCUCUUCCUGUGCAUGAGAUGAAUAAUCUAGUGGUGGAGUGGAGGAAGGCACUGUUCGUUGGUGGUCUUCAUUUUCUGAUUAUGCUGAAGGAUUGUUUUUUUGUUAUUUUGAUAUUUUGUGAUGAACGGCAGUGUAUGAGAUCCUGCGGGCUCUGAAAAUUUUUCUCAUAUGAGCUGGAUAUUUCUAUUGUAAUUAGCGGGAAUUUCCAUGAGAAAACAUGGGUUCUGUAUAUGACGCAUCAUCUCAAAAAAUCUCUGGGAGGGGAUUGUCUUCCCCCUUGUCUUUC